GCAGGGCACAAAGCGGGGAGAGGACACAGCACCGGGGGACGGGGGACAGCACGGCAAGCAGGGAGGUUGUGGACAGACGGGGGCUACCUGCAGACAGCAGCCUCGUGCCACACCAGCAACGCUUCAUGUUCACGGGUGCCAUAAAGCAGCACCCAGCACCACGGAUGGAGGAGGCAGGUUUGGCAUUGGAGUCAGAAAUAAAUCCCAGGUAAUCCAGCUCAGUUAGACAAAAACAAAGAGGAUCAUUCUGAUACAAAGUUCUGGCUGCAGCCCUGCACCUGAUCAGCAUUUGCAAGAUUAGAUAAGGACUGAACUUAGUCCCCUCCUGCAUAUAUUAGUGCGAGCUCUCUGGAUGUCUGGGCUACUCCAGUUCAAGGGCAACAAGAUGGUGGUUUCUCUGGGGUUCCUAUUUGCCGUCUUCUCUUUAGCAAGAUGUGUCCCCGUGCAGCAAGUAGCCAGCCGUGACAAAGUCCUCCUGGUGUCCUUCGAUGGCUUUCGGUGGAACUAUGACCAGGACGUGGACACCCCCAACCUCGAUGCCAUGGCUGCAGAGGGAGUGAAGGCGCGAUACAUGACUCCUGCCUUUGUCACCCUCACCAGCCCGUGCCACUUCACGCUGCUGACCGGGAAAUACCUUGAGAACCAUGGGGUGAUACACAACAUGUGGUUCAACACCAGCACGGGGGUGAAGCUGCCCUAUUACAGCACGCAAGGCAUUGACAGCUGGUGGGACAACGGCAGCCUGCCCAUCUGGAUCACAGCUCAGAGACAGGGUUUAAAGACAGGCUCUAUCUAUUUCCCUGGGGGAAGAGCAAAAUAUCAAGGGGAAGGAGUGAAUAUGACGAUGGUGGAGCCCCCCGUAUUCAACUACAGCAAUGAAACCAUUUGGAGACAGAACAUCGACAUUGUCAUGGAAUGGUUCACAGUGAACAACCUCGACUUCAUCGCCCUCUACUUCGGUGAGCCAGACUCAACGGGACACAAGUACGGCCCCGAGUCCACGGAGAGGAAAACCAUGGUCAGCCAGGUGGACAGAACCGUCGGCUACUUAAGGCAACGUAUCAGGGAAAGCGGCUUGGAACCAAACCUCAACCUCAUCAUCACGUCUGACCACGGGAUGGAGACGGUCAUAAAGACUGACGAGAUUCACCUCCAGAAAGUAGAGAACUUCACAUUCAAAGACAUCCAGUUUGAACUCUUAGACUACGGACCAAACGGACUACUGGUACCAAAAGAAGGAAAAUUGGAGCACGUGUAUUCAGUCCUGAAAAAUGCCCACCCAAAGUUACAUGUGUACAAAAAAGAAGAGUUUCCAAAGAGAUUCCACUAUGCCAACAACUCCCGGAUCACCCCGCUCCUGAUGUACAGCGAUCCAGGAUAUGUGAUCCAUGGGCGCAUCAUGGUCCAGUUCAACAAGGGGGAGCACGGCUUUGACAACGAGGCCAUGAACAUGAAAACCAUCUUCCGCGCCGUGGGGCCGGCUUUCAAGCAAGGGCUGCUGGCAGAGCCCUUCGAAAGCGUCAACGUCUACGCGCUGCUCUGCGAGCUGCUGGGCAUCGUGCCCGAGCCGCACGACGGCUCCCUGGACGUCCUCAGGCCCCUGCUGCGUUCAAGCGCUCCUCUCCUCGCUGCCACGAAGCUGUCGGUGAUGCUGGGGAUUGCUCUCACUCUGCGAUGCUGGGGAGGAACAUACUAACCCCCCACCAGAGGUAACUUAUUCUAAGGACAGCCAGAAAGCUCUGUGGAGGUGCUGCCUUGUCUAGGCAUGUGCCUGUGUGGUGGCUGCAAGAAAGAGAAGGAUAAAAGUUUGCUAUUUGCCUUCAGUGUGCAUGUAUGCCUGGAGACUCAGCAGGAUGAGCAAUUCUCAGUCCCAUUUCCUGGCAUUUCCAGCACUGGGCAUGCACAGCCGACGUCCACAGGCUGGACACACAAGAAAUAAGCACCAGCAGCACUGUGCUUUCCUCUCUUGACAGCCUCCAGGUUCUAGGCAGCUCUAUCAGAAAUGCGUGGAGAGGUGAGGAAGAACAUGUCUGAAGAAGACAGCCAGAGAAGUGUACGGAGACCCCGCUCCAAAUCCUCCCCAAAUUU